CCUGCCUGGCUGCCUUCGCUUUGCUCAGCCUGUUGUCCCUCCCGGGCCGCCGUCCUUCCAGUGUCCUGAGCUCGGGCCGCGCUGAGAGGUGACACCGGGGGCCGCAGGAGCCCCAACUACACCCGGCCGGGCAGCAUGAAGAAAGACGUGAGGAUCCUGCUGGUGGGAGAACCCAGAGUUGGGAAGACUUCGCUGAUUAUGUCCCUGGUCAGUGAAGAGUUUCCAGAGGAGGUUCCACCUCGAGCGGAGGAAAUUACUAUCCCUGGCGAUGUCACCCCAGAGAGAGUCCCGACACACAUCGUUGAUUACUCUGAGGCAGAGCAAACAGAUGAACAGCUUUAUAGUGAGAUCUCACGGGCAAAUGUUAUCUGCAUUGUCUACGCUGUCAACAACAAGAAUUCCAUAGAUAAGGUCACCAACCACUGGAUCCCGUUAAUCAACGAGCGAACGGACAAAGACAGCAGAGUACCUCUAAUCCUGGUGGGGAAUAAAUCUGAUCUGUUGGAAUAUAGCAGCAUGGAAACCAUCUUACCCAUCAUGAACCAAUACUCAGAAAUUGAGACGUGUGUGGAGUGUUCUGCAAAAAACCUGAAAAAUAUUUCAGAACUGUUUUAUUAUGCACAGAAGGCUGUAUUACACCCGACAGGUCCAUUGUACUGCCCAGAAGAAAAAGAGUUAAAGCCAGCUUGUAUAAAGUCUCUAACUCGCAUUUUCAAGAUUUCUGAUUUGGACAACGAUGGGAUUUUAAACGAUGCUGAACUCAACUUUUUCCAGAGGACCUGUUUUCACAUACCACUUGCACCCCAGGCUCUAGAGGAUGUUAAAAAUGUCGUGCGAAAGAACGUCCAUGAUGGCGUAUCAGGAAACGGUCUGACGUUGAAAGGGUUCCUGUUUCUACACACACUUUUUAUCCAGAGGGGGAGACAUGAAACCACAUGGACUGUGCUGAGACGUUUCGGAUACGAUGAUGACCUAGAACUUACCCCAGACUAUUUAUUCCCUGCGUUGAAAGUGCCUGUGGACUGUACGACAGAGCUCAACCACCACGCAUACCUCUUUCUCCAAAGUGUUUUUGAUAAACACGAUCAGGACAGAGAUUGUGCUUUGUCACCCGAUGAGCUUCGGGAUUUAUUCAAAGUCUUCCCUUACAUGCCAUGGGGCCCUGAUGUCAACAACACAGUUUGUACCAACGAGAAGGGAUGGAUCACAUACCAGGGUUUCCUCUCACAGUGGACUUUGACAACGUAUUUGGACGUUCAGCGUUGUCUGGAGUAUCUUGGCUACUUGGGAUAUUCAAUACUAACCGAACAAGAGUCUCAGGCCAUGGCAGUGACAGUGACGAGGGAUAAAAAGAUCGAUCUACACAAGCGGCAGACGCAGAGGAAUGUUUUUCGGUGCAGUGUCAUUGGCUCUAAAGGCUGUGGGAAAAGUGGUAUACUCCAAUCGCAUUUAGGGAGAAAUUUGAUGAGGCAGAAAAGAAUUCGGGAGGAGCACCGGUCUUACUAUGCAAUUAACACAGUGUACGUGUACGGCCAGGAAAAAUAUCUGUUGUUACAUCAUGUUGCGGAAUGCGAAGCUCUGUCUCCGGCUGACGUAUCGUGCGAUGUUGUAUGUUUGGUCUAUGAUAUCACUAAUCCCGAAUCAUUUGACUACUGCAGCAGAAUAUUUAAGCAACACUACAUGGACAGCAGGACGCCGUGUCUCAUCGUGGCUGCCAAGUCCGACCUUCACGAGGUGAAGCAGGAGAGCAGCGUCUCCCCAGCUGAUUUCUGUAAGAAGCACAAGAUGCCACCACCCCAGGCUUUCACCUGCAACACUGCCGACAACCCAACCCGGGAAAUCUUCAUCAAAAUGACCACAAUGGCAAUGUAUCCCCAUGCCCGGUUACGCUGUCUGUGUGCCUGCAAUAGAUGCACAUUCUGCAUCUGUCAGAAUCUCCUCAACUCAGACCUGCUCCAGUCUGUAAAGGACAAACUCUUCACGGCCGUUGUGAACAGGUUGAGAGCCGGGGUAGAUGUGUUGGGGGAAUCGCUGCUAACAGAUACAGGGAGCAGUCUGGGGCAUCAAGUCCAUCCGGUCAUCUACGUCGAAAGCUCUGUCUUCAUGGAGUCAUCAGCUGAGCCCCCAGUACAAAAUGCCAGGCACAUGUCACAGGCAGAGCUGAAAAGUUCCACGUUUUGGCUACGAGCGAGUUUCGGUGCUACUGUCUUUGCCGUUUUAGGUUUCGCCAUGUACAAGGCCUUGUUGAAGCAGCGAUGAUGGAAGGAGUCAUGCCUCACUCCUACAGCCAAAACCCCCCAUAUUUCCGCUAUCCAUCCUGCAGCCAUUGGCUUAUUUAAUGACUUUACCCAUUGUAACGUGCACUACACAUGUUUUUAAUAAGUAAACAUCAUCAGUAUUCAAUAAUGGCCUCAAUGCUGGUACAGGACAAACGCUGAGGGAGGAGCCUUACUGCCGGUGGAUUUUAACACAGGGCUAGGUUCCACCCCCAGUCUGUUGAUGCAGUGUUCAGUGAAAUCCGUCCGGCACCAAAGCGUGAAUAAGGGUUAUUACAGAAACUGUUGAUUUUCCUUAUCAGGAAACUCACAGUGAUCCUACAGUUUCGGACUAACAGUUCAUUUUUUAUACUAUUCUAAUGAUAGAGGGAUCUGUCUUCCUACAGGUUCAGCUCUACGUAUCCACCAAAAUGCGGAGCUUUCAGGUUGUCUGUUUCACUGCAGUACUCCGUACAUAGUCUAAUCACUACGAGUGCAGGAGAGCAUUUAAUAAUCUGUUUCUGCAGCUAAUUGCCCAAAAAGAAGGUCCCUGUAUAUAAUGUAUAUAGCAGGUUAGCCCUUGCUCCCUUCUUAUCGAGCAUGAUCGAAAGUGCUUUGGUCGCAUCUUCAAAAUCCCAUUUCAGUGUACAGCUAAAAAUCUCAGUUAGUUUAGCUCGAUCCUUCAGAAGUGAGCCUUGCCGAGUAAUAUUUCUCCCUUGAAUGUCAUAAGAUAAGGCCCCAGUUAUUUUUUUAAAUGUGCAUGUGGAGCGUUCAAGAUUAUAAUACAUGCUAUUUAAUGUUAAUUUAAAUUUGAGUUGCAGGGAUAUAAAAAAAAAAUUAAAUAAAAAAACAAAAAAAACUGCCAGGUAUUGUAAUAUUGAAAAUAUUGUUGGUUUAUAUUUAUUUUAUUUUUUUCUUUCAAAUAUGUUGUUUUAUAGCCCGAUUGAACUAUUUGCAGAUUCUAAAUGAUUGAGAUAAAAUUGCACUUUUUAUUUCUUACCGUAGCCACUGUUGUAAUCUAGCCGUUAGUCUAGAAAAAUAUACACCGUUUUAAGUUUUUUGCUUCUUUUAGUUAAUGUCACAGUAUUCUUUCAAUCCUACAGAUAAUUAUGGCAUCAGGGAGCACAUUUUGUAACUAUUAAUUAAACCUAUGGGGUGUGGACUCAUAAAACCUAUAUUUUUCAUCA